AUGCAUUGGCACACUUCUUUAUCGGUGCUCUCGCUCGCUGCUGGAGCAAUUGCAAAGCACUAUGCCAUCAUGGACAACGAUUGGUAUACGGCCGGAUUCGUGCCUUAUCUGAUCGCCCUCGAUGGAGAUAUUGAUGUUCUGGCCUUGGCUUCGGACACUGCCAACAGUUGGCAGCCACAGGUAGCAUUGCACGCCGUUGCCACCUUAGAGGCCGGCAACCUGAGCUGCAUCCCCGUCUAUCCUGGCGCUACCUGGCCAUUGAUCAAUACUCCUGAACGUUUCCAAGCAUGGGAGACCAUCCACGGCAAACUACCGUGGGAGGGUGCAUUUGCACCCGAGAAUCAGACAGCCGAAGCCGCGGGUAACGAUCCUAGUUCAGGAGACCCUAACCGCAUUGUCAAGGCUGCCUUCAAGGAGGGAUUCCCCACGGGCAAGCCUAACAACUCGACCUCUGCGGCAAACUUCAUGGUUGAGAUGGUGCACAAGUAUCCCGGCCAGGUCUCUAUCUAUUCCGCUGGUGCCCUGACCAAUGUUGCAUUGGCUGUGCGCAUGGACCCCGAAUUCGCCUCGCUUGCUAAGCAGCUUGUCAUUAUGGGCGGCUAUCUCGAUUUGAAUAUGCUCCAGGCUACUGGUAGCAUUAUGUUAGCUGAUUAUCAGUCUGAUAUCAACCUCAUGAUCGACCCCGAGGCUUCCAAGAUCGCUCUGACUGCGGAUUUCCCCAACAUCACUAUCGCUGGAAAUGUCGCCAACCAGGUGUUCCCUACGCAGAAAUUCGUUGACGAGGUCAAGACUGCCGAUAAUGCCUACGCUCAGCUCUUUGCCAAAUACUACGAUCUCUCAUUCCCCUUCUGGGAUGAGACGGCCGCGGCUCUGAUGGUUGAUCCCACGAUUGCCACUAACCAGACGUCAGUUUACCUCGACGUGGACACCAGCUACGGCAGCCCGAACUACGGUAACAUUCACGUUUACCAGAAGGCUCUUGCUCCAGGUGGCAUUCGUCAAGUCAACUAUGUCUUCGAAGUUGAUGCCGAGAGAUUAACUGAGAGAAUCAAGCACUCUCUGAUGCAUCCCAAGACUUGCGCCGAUCUCGCAUAA